AUGGCUGAUGAAGAUCCACCGGUUCCGGCAGAUUCAAGCAGUGAUGCAAGGGAGAAGCAGUUCAGCCUGGUGAAACAUGUCCCUAAUUACGAUCCGGCGAUCUGGACGAGCUUCAUCGAUGUGGCAGCGCUGGAACCGUCGUGCUUCAAAACCUAUGAAGAAGUCUCAAAAAGCAAGAGCAAAAAGCGGGCGGCUGACAGGCAUGAGACUCCCGAUGAUUUCGACGAGCGCGCCAAACGGCUUUGUGGAGAUUCUGCAAGCUCUCGCGCCUCAUCGGUCUCUGCAAAACGCCGUCGUGCAAAGAGCCCAUCCGAUAGCACUCCUAAAGGGAAAGGCAAAUUCAAGUCGAAAGCCUUUGUCGUGGACAGCUCGGAUGAUUCUGAUGCCCCGGCCUCGACCUCGGAGAAGCCAAAGGGGCCUGAAAGCUCAAAGAAAACGCCAGACGAUGCGAAAGCCGCGAAGAAGCUGAAGAAGAAGCUUUUUAAGGAGGAGCGGAAACGCAAGGAGGAAGCGGAAGAGAAAAGACAAGCUGAGGAGCAAGCGGAGAAAAAGAGGCGAAAGGAGGAGAAGAAGGCCGAGAAAAAGAAGAAGCUCUCCGAGGAGCAGCCAGCUCCAGCUCCUGCUCCCGUCGACGAGAAUCAGCGGCCAAGCACAUCGUCUGCUGUUGAGGAACCAGCGCAAGAAGUCGAGCUCGAUGAAUUCGGGAGACCGCGGACUCCACCUAUUGUUGCAGAGCCGGAGGACGAAAGCCAGCUAGACAUUAUUGACAAGCAUCGACGUGCCAUAGAACGUGAAAAGGCCCUCGUUGAGCACGUGAAAAGAACGGCUGAAGUUGAGAAGCAAGCGGAUGAAUCCAAAUGGACGUUCUACGACGCGACGGGCAUGUCGGAUGCUGAUCUGCUCAGCGCCUUUGAACUCAAGAAAGCCGUCCCGGAGAGAAACCUGGAAGCCGAAAAAGCCGAAGCUUUGAAGCAGAAGGAGAAGGAAAAGGAAAGAGAGCGAGAACGAGCCGAGAGAGAACGAGAACGAGCUGAAAAGGAGAAAGAUAGGCGUAGGAAGGAGAAGGAACGCGAGGAGGAGGCGAGGGCACGAGCCAAGGAAGCAAAACGGGCACAGAAGGAGGAGGCUCCGAUAAUAAAGAAGCGCCCACGACAACCCGAGGAUCAGCCAUGCUUUUUCUGCGGCAAGCUGCUAUCUGAGAGCGGCUCCAACGACUUCGAGGGCAAACCGACGCAGUACUGCAGCAAUGCCUGUAUCAACAAUAUCGUCGACCGCGCUCGGCUCGUGCUCGGCGAGGAAACGGCUAAUGUGAUGGUCAUGCAAAAUGGGUCUAUUGCUUCUCAGGGCGUCACCGUCGGUAAUCUUCUUCCAUUUUUGCUGCAAAACCCGCAAGUAACUCCCGUGUUGCCGGCAUUAAAAAAGCAGCAGAAUGAAAACGCACUCCCGCGAAUCCCGAAGCUGAGCGAACGCAGUGAAAGUGAUCGAGCUCGGCUCUCUUCGAAAUCCGGCUCCAAGCCUCUCAACAGACACGAGAGAGCGGAUAUGAUGCAAAAACGCAUCCGGGACGACGAGGACAGGCAGAAGCAGUCGCGCGAGUCCGACCAGAUCCGCGCCAGCUGCCAGAAGGCCAUCGCCGACUAUUUGAUCCGCAGAAUAAAAAAACCAGCCGACUUCAACACCACCACCCCGACCCUGAAGGAGCUGGGCGUGCAGAUUGAGCAUGCUGUUUAUGCGCGCAUGAACGGUCAGGUGAAAGACCUGAAAUACAAGCAGUGGAUGACCGCCUUCUUCCACCAGCUCACCCAGGCCUCCAACAAGGGAUUGUAUGCUCGGAUUGCGACCGGCAUACUUACCCCUCAUAUGCUGGCCUCGCUUUCGCCGGAGGACUUCAAGAAGCCCCUAUGCGCCGCCGAAUUGAAUUCUACAUCUGAUGUUGUAAAGCGGAAUGCAGAACGAGCAAAGAAGGCAGCCCUGGCCGCGGAUCGGAAAAAGUCGAACGUGUUGGACUCGAUACUGGACGAGGAGCGGGACACGACCCUCGAGCACGGCACCCACAUGUACGACGCGAGAUGCCGGAUUUGCAAGACCAAAACAGAGAGCGAAGUCCAACGGCUGGAGAAGGAGCGCGAGGAGAACGCGAAGUUCAUCGCCGAGGAGGAGGAGCGAAGGCGGAAGAAGGCGCUCCGGCGGCAGGAAUUGGGCUCGCGACUCGGAAACUCGAACGGACACCAACCGGCAGCCUUUGAUGAUGAUGACGACUAUGGAGGGGCCGCAGGGGACGCUUCACCAACGGGCUCCUGGAAGGGACAUGAUGCUCCGGAAACCAAGAAGGCCAACGCUUCCCCGCCCUGGCGCAUCAAGUCCCCGCCGCGUCGCUUUAAUAGUGAUGGCAGAAAAAAGAAGGACAGGAGCCCGCUGCGGCCGCCUGGGACCAGUCCGGAAAGUUUUUCCACUCGCCGCCGUCCGUCGCCGCGAGAAAAGUCGCCAGUAGCUCGCCACCUCUCGCCACUUGUUACUAGGGCCGCUUCCCCACCCCGGAACGAAUCUUGGAAAAAGGCCGAACCUCCGCCAAAGGAAGACAACUGGCGGGCGAAUCGGCCGCCGGUGAAAGCCGGCGUCGAAUCGUGGCGCAAGGAGCAGCCGAAGAAAAAGGACCAGAUUUGGCAGGGCAUGCUGGAGCUGGGCCCGUUAUCGACAGAAAUCGGCCUCUCGCCCUGGACGACGCAGCUUGGAGCCACAUUUGCCCUGGUGACCCGACUGCCACCCAGAUUGGUCGCUGCGGAGAAAAUGCACAAAUUUGUCGCCUACGAGAUCCUCGACAACCUCAGCAAGCGGCACGGGCGGGACGUGUGCGCCGUUUAUUGCAUUAAUGAGCCAGCCCACAACCCCCGCCUCGCCGAGUUGUACUACAGCAUUUUGAAGGAGCUGUUCGAGACGAAUUCGGUGCUGCGCUUCUCCAUCCCGUCGGUCUUUGCGAGAGGCGUCGAAUACGCGUGCUACUUACUGGGCUUGGCGCGAACGGAACCACCACCAGAAUGCGUUUUCCCGUACGGCUCGCUCGAGCCAACGCGUCCCACAGCCACCUCCUACCUCGUCAUCGCGUCGCCGCUAAACCUGGAGAUUAACCGCAGCUUCAAGCCGUACGUCUUCAACUUGCCCAUUCUCUCACCACCUCGUCCUACCACUCCGCAACCCUCUGGCUCGACUGUUCGGCAAUCGUUUUGGACACGCCGUGACGGCACCACCGAGAUCAACGACAGCCCACCGCCGCCACGGAGUUCGAUAUCGCCAAUGCCGGGAACGAUGCCGGUGCGACGGAUGCCGUUAUUGACCACAACACCUGUAACCCUGGACCCACCCAUCCGUCACGCUCCGCCCCCAGUAUUCAUACCGCCGCCCGUCAUCACCAAGGACGACGACAGCGAGGACGAUGAGGAGGAACAGGAAGUGACGAGUGCUCCAAUCAUCCCGGCGUCCUUCUACGAGGGCAUACGGAAUAAUCGCAAGCUGACGGCCGAUACGAUCCCGGUAGACACGGUCGAAGACGUCAUUGCCGCUUUUCAACAUGACUGGAAAUCUGAGGAAUUGCUGGCGAUCGUGCAGCGCUUCGUCAGCUUCCGGGAACGGUCGAGGGAGGACACGGCGCUCGUGCAGUCGCAAUGCAUGGAUUACAUCAAGAGGAUCAAAAUGAAGAAAGCCAGCGAGCAGCCGGGGCCAAGCCGUCCGAUGCCCAACAACCGUCCGGUGCAUAUCGUUGGGCCUGAGGUUGAGGUCGACCUGACGCAAGAUGAGGAGAUUCCUGCCAGAGAAGCCGGGUCGGCGGAAACGGCGAUGAGCCCCGAUUCGCCCCCCGAGGAACCCAUCGCCGAGCCCGUCCCAAUUCCAACGGAACGGGAUGCGGAACCACCGAAAACGCUCCCAAAGUAUCCUUCGAUGGACACCCUCGAAGUGGGCUACUCGACGUUCACCGGCGACGGUCUCGAAAAGAUGCUGGCCGAAAUGCCGCCAGUUGUCGAGGCCGAAAAGGACGAGGAGGCAAAUGGCGAACCACCGGCGGCUACAAUUGAAAACAACGAGCCGACGCGCGACGUUGAGAGCGACGAGAAGAUGGUGGUCGAGGAAGAGGGAGAAGAAAGUGCAUGCUCUCCGAUGAUGGUGAGCAGCCCUGGGCAAGCCCCGUUGCCGCCACCACCUCCAUUGCCGCCGGCCUUCGUCAAUAGUGGAGCACCUCCGACCGUACCAGCUGCUACGACAUCAUCAGGACCGCCCUCUUGGCCACCACCAAUACCUCCUCCGUCCUCCAAGCUCGAGUCCCUGCUCGUGGCCCCUCCACCGCCCCCGCCUCCGCCAAGACUUCCCGACCCGGUACCCCCACCAUCAUCGUUGGGCCCGGAGACCAUGUUUUUCCGAGGGCCUCCACCCCCGCCGAAAGCUAUGGCGCCUUAUCUUGACAACGGGCGCGAACAGCGGUUCACCCCUUCCCCGCGAAUGCUGAGCCAUUUUGCUGCCGACGACUUCGACUUCGAGGGCCCGCCACCGGCCAUGCGCUUCGGGUAUCCGCCGGAUGCGGGUCCACCUGCCCACUUCGUGCCCCAUCACGAUUUCCCUCCACCAAACAACGGCUGGCAGGGACCGUCGGGCGAACACCCGGAAAACGGCUUCUACGGCACGCCACCACCCGGUCGAGGACGCGGUAGAGGAACACCAAGGGGAAGAGGCCAUCCUCCAGGUCCUCCACCCGGCUGGCGCGGACGCGGACGCGGUCGUGGAAUGAUGGAGCAGUCGCCGUUUGCCCGAGACUCACCUCCACCGCCGAAUAUGGGCUUCAUGCGCGACUCGCCGCCGCCGCCAAGGGGCGGCAUGCGCGGACGAGGGCGGGGAAGAGGCCUACCACCUCAAGGACCUCCGCCCGGCUGGCAUGGACCUCCGCCAGGAUGUGAGUUUUUGGUCGAGGCGAACAUGGGCAUUGAUGUCGUGCCCGACGCCCUCGAGCCCAAGCGCCACGGCCUUCGCCUCCUCCCGCAGGGCCCCGUCAAAUUUCUGGAGCGCGGCAGCCGCAUGAUGCGCCUCCCGCCCAGCCGCCGUUCCGCAUCCGCUCGUCCUCCUGAGCGCGGGCGCGACGACAUCAUGCACCGGCUGGUCAGCACGCUGAAGAACAAGCUGUGGGUGACCGAGACGGCUGCCCCACGCGCCGUGCCCAAGCCCCCGGCGCUGAACUGGCCGAUGCUGAAGGUGGGCGACGAUCGCGACAUCGAGAUGGCCACCGACAACUUUUACUACAUGAAGUCGUACCAGGUGCCGCCCGCCGACUACAGAAUCUCGUGCUUCAACGCGCGGCGCCGCCUGCUGUUCCUCGACUGGGUGCACAGCGUGUGGAGCUUCAAACAGAUCGACCAGCACCCCUACAACACCUACUUCAUCGCCUGCCAUCUGGCCGACCGCUUCCUCUCGGUGCUCACCGAGUCCGGGGGCCGCGCAUUCGAGGCGCUCGGCUUGGCCGCGCUGCAGAUUGCCGUCAAGUUUGAGACCCAGUGCCCGCUCGAGGUGGACUCCAGCGUGGAUUACGACCAGAUGCUGAUCUUUGAGCGCGACCUGCUCCGCAUCAGCGCUUUUGAGGUGGGCCGGCACACCAUCUACGACUUUGUACAGCUGGGAUUGAAAGCCACCGAAGGCCCGGAGAUGUCGCGCGAGCAGAGGUACGAGCGCGCCGACUACGCCACAAUGCUCGCCGUUGUCACCACGCUCUCCCUGAAACUCGCCGGCCGUCAACCGUCGCUGGUGGCCGCGGCCGUGAUCCGGCUUAUCGUCGAGACCGAGAAUCGUGAAUGGACGCCGCUGAUGCAGCUCCAGUGCCAGUACACGAUGGACGAGAUGCGGGCGACGCUUGAGGAUCUGUGCGAGCUGCUGCGCUCUACUCGUGACCCGAACUGGGGCGGCCGAGGGGUGCGGCGCUUCUGGCAGGAGCACCACGUAUACCUGAGCCAGUUCAACGACGAGCUCCUCAACAAGUUCAGCCCGCUGCCCGCCGGC